UCUCCUCUUCUCUGAUCUCCAGGAUCUGGAAAGAUGGCCGCCGCUUCCUGGUCACAUCGACUUCUCCACCUUCUCCAGAGCCUCAACAACCUCCAGAGGGGAGGGUGUCUGGCGUUCUGUGUCCAGGGUCGGAGGGUCGGUUGGGUGUGUCAGUCGGUGGCCCGGCUUCUCUCUCAGAACUUCGAUGUCUUCACACUGCAUGGAGACCCCGCUACCCACCUGGAGCUCAGUGACCACCUCCGCUCCCCCCAGGAGAGGACCCGGGCCGUACAGGAGGUGAUGGAGUCACUGCGACAUCAGGACACCUUCCCAUGUCUCCGGGAAUGGAGGGGUGAGCACUACGAUGUGAAUAGUCUCUUCUCUGACCCUCCCCUCCUCAGCAUGGAGCGGGCCGCAACACCUCUCCUCGGGGUCCCCCGGUACGGAGUCCAUGUGAAUGGCUAUUUGUACCGAGGUGGAGAAGUCUUCAUGUGGGUGGCUAAACGAGCUCUGACCAAGGCCACCUACCCGGGGAAGCUGGACCACCUGGCAGCGGGGGGGAUCUCUGCCGGUUCCGGAGUGUGGGAGACCCUCCUGAAGGAGUGCAAAGAAGAGGCCUGUAUCCCAGAAUCCAUUGCGGCCACAGCCAAACCCUGCGGGACGGUCAGCUAUGCCUAUGAGAAGGGGGAGGGGAUCUACCUGGAGUGUCAGUUUGUCUUUGAUCUGGAGGUUCCCGAGUCGUUCAAGCCCAGCGUGGGAGACGGAGAGGUGGAAGAGUUUUACUUGUGGCCAUUGGAGAAGGUGCGGGAAGCCAUCGCCACAGAGGAGUUUAAACCCAACUGUGCCCUGGUGGUCCUGGACUUCCUGCUGCGGAGAGGACACGUCCGGCCUGACACAGAGAAGUUCUACACCAGGUUUGUGGAAUUGCUGCACGCUCCACUCUGAUUGGAAGGAGAUAUCCCAGUCAUAAAACAAGAAGACGGUUCUCCGAAUUCAGGGAGCGGCAGAAGGAAAGGAGACGGUGGAAACUUCCAGGCCACACAAUCCGUUAUUACAGCAAUAGAGACGAUGAGAAGAAUCUUCUUAUAGACUUUCUAUAGGGGGCGCUAUGCAUGAGAUCUCCAGACCGCUAAAGUGACCGUCUGUCUUUUAA